AUGCACGACGGUGCGGGGGCUACCGCUAUAAUGAGUAACACUAAUCAUUGCGGGCUCAUUGAUCAAGUGUUAAAGCGUCUUGAGGGGAAAUUGCUCGUGACGAGCUGUAGCAAUAAGUUACCUGAGGACUGCGGUCCUUUCCUCCGGAAACUUACUGAAGCAGCGGAUGAAUCACGCAUUAGCGAUAUCCUGGACGAUGUGUUUGACCGCGUUUCUACGAUAUUUGCCACAUACUUGAAGGCAGUGUUAGCAGCAGCAGCAGCAACAACAACAACAACAACUGAAGACGGCGGCGAAGUCCAUUCCAUGGAGGAUACAACCCCGUUAGUUGAAGGCACUGCGCUAACGGCGUUUAACCUAAUAACCGCUGAGGCUCUUCCUUUUCUCACUUCUUCCCAUGAAUGCCGGGACCUUCCCUCAUGGGUCGAAGGGGUUUCGUGGUGCCGCCUCGGGAGCUUGUUGGUUUGUUUAAUUCGUGAAGCAACCGAUGGCUUUCAGUCCCCCACUGUGCGGUUGCGGUGGCAUCACAUUGAGGGAGAGGAACUCCAGCCGAUGUUAUCGGUAGUUGUUUUGGUUUGGGAGGUGGUUGUGCGGCUGCUGAGUUUUGUUGUGAACUGCAUUGAGUUUGGUGAAGAAGGGGACGCACAUCAUAGCUCAAAGCCGCACCCGUUGUUGCAUAUCAUCAGUGAUUGUUUCGUGGCAAUGGUGGAGAACAAUAAUAAACUUCAGGUCCAGGCCUCUACACUUCCAAACUCGGUUGAUGUACUGUGUGUUUUUAUCAAUAACUAUAUGUGGAUUAAGCAGCAGUGCCGGCGUUUACCGAUGUUCAGUGCCACUGAAGUUUUGGCCCUGGUUGAUGGUUACACCGCCGGCGCACUUCAGGAUCUCCUUAAUUGUUGCACAACGGAAUUGCAGCACAUCAUAUCGAAAACCACAUCCCCAGCUGUGGAUGGAGAGUGUCAAAGUGAAAUAUUGUUUCACCGCAUCAUCUCACUCUGUCGUUGCAUUCGUGGUGUAGCUCCACCUAUCCCUCGUCAGGAGGUUACCUCACUUUUAUUAGAAAGGACAUUGAGGCCAUUGGUUGAGCGACUGCUCGAUGGUGAAAAGAAACGAGACGUGCCCAGUUUAAGUGUUGUAACGAGAGCACUGCGCGCCUUUGGUGACGUCCAACGUGUUGCGGGUGGUUCGUUCUUUUUACAAGACCUUGCCGGAAAGGUGACGGGAAGCCGUAGCGGGUCAUCGGGUGAUAUUCGUGGGAAUGUUGGAAUUGAUGGUGAUGUUUCGGAGUCUUUAAUGGCACGUCGUCUGUCGGAGGUGUUGCAGUUUUUAGAGGAGGAGCCCGUUUUUGGCACUCGAUGUUGCCAGCAGAGUCCAUCGUUUUGCACAUUGCGAAGGUUGUUUUUGGAUGUACCUUCGUAA